UUUUUUUCAUCUUCUUGCCAUAGACUCUAAACUCCUACACUUUUAACACAACAAAAAUCUGAACCAAAAUGUGAGACGCAUAUUUCAACAUACAUAUGAAAGAAUGAAACUUCCACGAAAGAUAGUACGACAAGUUGAGGAUUGAGAAUGAGAAUUUAUAUUGGUCCGACUUUUCUACGUGGAAUAUUGUGGACAUAGUUACAAACUAUGCAUAGUUGGUCCGAAAUAAUUAUAGGAGAGGAUAAGAUUUCAUCAAAUAUCAACAAGUCAACGUCUGAAAGCUUCCAAAGUCAAGUUGACAGAAGGAAACAAAACACAUCUCAAGUCAAGUUGACACAAGGAAACAAAACAUAUCUUUAAUCUUGUGCUUACUGUGACUCUGUGAGAUCCGUGCAUUCAACCACGAUACUGAGAAUAUGGUCGAUGCGAUUGCGGGAUUUCUUGUGGGAAAGAUCGGCAACUAUAUCAUUGAAGAAGCAUCAAUGUUGAUGGCAGUCAAAGACGAUCUAGAGGUGCUGAAGACAGAGUUGACGUGCAUCCAAGGUUAUCUCAAGGAUGUUCAAGCACGAGAUAGAGAAGACGAGGUCUCAAAAGAGUGGACAAAACUGGUUUUAGAUAUCGCUUAUGACAUUGAGGAUGUUUUGGACACCUAUCACAUGAAACUCGAAGAAAGAUCACAAAGGCAAGGCUUCAAGAGAUGGGCCAACAAAUUAGGCAGGAAAAUGGAUUCGUCUAGCAUAGUUGAUGAUAUCAGAACCCUCAAGGGAAGAAUCCUAGAUGUUACUCGCAAGCGGAAGACUUAUGGAAUAGGAAACUUGAACGAGCCUCGAGGAGGAGAGAAUAAUUUAAGUUCAUGGGUAAGGGAGCUUCCGCAUGCUCGAUUUGUUGAUCAAGAAGAGCUUAUAGUUGGUUUGGAAGAUGAUGCUAAGAUUCUUUUGGAAAAGAUUCUUGAUUAUAAAGAGAACAAGAGAUAUAUCAUCUCCAUAUUCGGCAUGGGAGGUCUUGGAAAGACGGCUCUUGCUAGAAAGCUUUCUAACUCUUGUGAUGUGAAGAAUAAUUUUGAAUACCGCGCAUGGACUUAUGUUUCUCAAGAGUAUAAAACCAAAGAUAUGCUUAUGGGAAUCAUAAGUUCUUUGGGAGUAAUUUCUGGGGAAGAAUUGGAAAAGAUCAGGAUGUUUGCGGCAGAGGACUUAGAAGUUUACCUUCACAGUCUUCUAGAAGGGAAAAAAUAUUUGGUGGUGGUAGAUGAUAUAUGGGAGAUAGAAGCGUGGGAGAGCCUGAAGAGAGCUUUACCAGAGAAUCAUAGAGGAAGUAGAGUCAUCAUCACUACGCGUAUCAAAGCCGUGGCUGAAGGCAUGGACGAGAGAGUCUAUGCUCACAACUUAAGGUUUCUGACAUUUGAAGAAAGCUGGAAAUUGUUUGAAAAGAAAGCAUUCAGGAAUAGGCAAUGGGUCGAUGAAGAUCUUCAGAAGAUUGGGAAAGAAAUGAUUAAAAAAUGUGGUGGCUUACCGCUUGCUAUAGUUGUUCUUGGUGGGUUUCUGUCUAGGAAAAGACCAAGAGACUGGAAUGAGGCGUGUGGCAAUCUCUGGCGACGCCUAAAGGAUAAUUCCAAUCAUUUCUCCACUGUAUUUGAUCUAAGCUUCAAGGAGCUACGACAUGAGUUGAAACUGUGCUUUCUUUACCUUAGUAUCUUCCCAGAAGACUAUGAGAUUAACGUAGAGAAGUUGAUACGGUUACUUGUGGCAGAAGGGUUUAUAGAAGAGGAUAAAGAGAUGAUGGAAGAUGUGGCUCGGUAUUAUAUUGAAGAGUUGAUAGACAGAAGUCUGGUGAAAGCUGAAAGAAUAGAGAGAGGGAAGGUAAUUACUUGUAAAGUCCAUGAUCUUCUGAGAGACGUGGCUAUCAAGAAAGCCAAAGAGCUCAACUUUGUACACGUUUAUGACGAUCCGGUGGCCCAAUAUUCUUCUGACUGCAGAAGAGAAGUGGUUCACCAUCAGAUCAAUAGAUACUUAUCUGAGAAACACCGGAACAAGCGGAUGCGAUCCUUCUUAUUCUUUGGAGAAUCAGAGGAUUUGGUAGGGCGUGAUUUCGAAACCAUUUACUUAAAACUGAAGCUACUUCGAGUGCUUGAUCUCGGAGGGGUUCGGUUUCCUUGUGAAGAAGGGAAGAAGAGUUUACCAGAAGUGAUUGGGGAUCUGAUCCAAUUGAGGUACCUUGGAAUUGCUGAUACUUUUCUCAGCAAUUUACCAUCUUUUAUCUCCAACUUACGGUUUCUACAAACACUAGAUGCAUCUGGCAAUGAAUCCAUCAGGCAAACAAUUGAUCUCCGUAACCUCACAUCACUGAGACAUGUCAUAGGAAAAUUCGUUGGAGAAUUACUACUAGGCGACACCGUUAACCUUCAGACCUUGAGGUCUAUCUCCUCCUAUAGCUGGAGCAAACUAAACCAUGAGGUUUUCAUAAAUCUUCGGGACUUGGAAAUCUUUGAUUCCAUGUGGGUGGAUCAGAGAGGAAUUUCUUUGGACUUGGCUUCCUUCUCUAAACGGAAGAAUCUUCGUGCCUUGACGCUGAAGGUAUCCACCUUCAAGUUAUCUUCAGAAUCGGAAGAAACAGUUCGGUUCCAAACCCUUGUUGAGCUGACACUGCGUUGCGAUAUAAGGAGACUUCCCAAGGACAUGGAUGUGAUAUUUCCUAGUCUUGAGUCACUUACACUUGUCGGAUCAUGACUCGAGGAAGAUCCAAUGCCUACUUUGGAGAAAUUGCAAAGACUAGAAGAUCUGUCACUGACAAAUUGUAGUUACUCGGAAACAAAGAUGAGCAUCAGCGCACAAGGUUUUAGUCGGCUGAACAAGCUUGAAUUGUUCAUGGUAAGAUUAGACGAGUUGGAGUUGCAUAUAGAAGAAGAGGCCAUGCCCAGUGUGACUAAGAUGAAUCUGACAACCAAAGGACGACAAACGAAGCUGAUGAUUCCAGAUCGAUUACGAGCUUUUGUUUGAGGCUACCAGUAAUAGAACACGCUAAGAUAAACGAAGCCAGUUAGGUUGCUUGGGUUGCAAGAAUAAUUAUUUGUGAUUUUAACGAAUGUUUUUGUGGAGGUUUUGAUAUUUGUAUUUUUUGUUUAGCUGCGGUUAUAACUUAUAAGUUGAAUUAAUAGCAAUAAUUUGUAAUAAAUUUAUGGAAUUGUGUUUCUAUAAGUGAAUGACAUUAGCAGAGACGUACAACUUUCAACUUUA